AUGCCAAACAACGAGACCAGACCAACGCCAAUUCUCAACGAACUGCUCUCACCACCCCCUCCCUUCUCCCCCCCUCCCCUCCCAGAUGCAGCUUCCUCGUCCGUGCUCCAGUAUUCCAUCAUCUCCUGGGGAGGCCUCAGGGGGAACGUAACCUUCUCCUGGGGAGGACCGGGCACCAACGUGACUGUGGAGGCUAGCCUGGAGGUGGUGGGGGUAGAGGUGACCCCGGAGACCCAGGAGUACGACUGGGCAAUUCACGACUGGCCGGUCCGAUACGACACAGACCAGCGAUGCGGGUCGGAGAUCGGGUCCAAAAAAUGGGAUUUAUCAUCCACGCUGGGGAAACUCGUCCUUCCUAUGACGGCGCCGAUGGUUUUCGAGACGGACGAGAUACAAUUGGUCGGGAAGGAGUCUAUCUGGGGGCGCUCCCUUCUGAUCUCCGGCGACAAGAGGACCACGUGUGCUAAUAUACAUGGCGUGGGCGGCGAGCGAACGUACGAGACGCGUUUCUUCAGUCCGGUGGGCGGUUCCAUCUGGAUCCGCUCGUGGACGUGGAACGUGGGCGGCGUGGACAGCGUGGGCGCCGAGACCAAGGGCGUGCAGACGACCAUUUUCACGGACGUCUUCAACACGGCCGACGACGACCCGCCCACCGGGAACCACGACUGGGCAAUCUUCAUCACCGACAUUCUCGACGACAGAGAUGAGAGGUCGUCCUGCAACUUCCUGAGCCGCAUCUACGACCCGCUGGGACGCGAGGAAUGUAACGACGGAGACUGUCCCAUGGGAAGUCUCUCGCACGCCUUCGGAGAACUGCGCGUCGGCACUCGGAGGUCGCGCUUCUCCCGCAAGAUGUACUCGAGCACCGAGUUCGUGCUGCCGGACCUGUCGGGCCCCAGGAAGCUGUACAUCGCCGUGAUGGGCGCGCUGCACCCCGACCACCUGUGGGCGUGCGCCAAGAUGCGGGAGGUGAAGCCCAAGAAGGCGCGCGCUCUCUUCAACGGGCUGGGCGUGACGGGCGAGGUGCGGUUCGAGCAGACGUCGGUGUUCUCGCCCACGGACCUGACGCUGGACCUCCGCGGGCUGGCGGGGCGUGCGGGCGGCUUCCACGUGCACGAGCUGCCGUCGUACCCGCCCAAGCACGCCGGGGACUUCCCGUGCGGCAGGACGGGCGGCCACUACAACCCGUUCGAAGUAGACCCGAGCACGUCGCCCGAGCCGGGUCUGGGCAGCCACGACCGCUACGAGCUGGGAGACCUGAGCGGCAAGCACGGCCUCCUGACGGGGCUGCAGGAGGUCGAGGCCACCGUCACGGACCACAACCUGCCGCUGUUCGGGCCGCGCUCGGUGCUGACGCGCAGCCUGUUGCUGCACCGCGACUCGGGCGAGCGCUGGCUGUGCGCCAACAUCCGGCCGACGGAGCCGCAGAUCCGCGCCGCCGUCACCUUCCGCUACCCGCUGGUCGGCGAGAUCGUCUUCGAGCAGGAGGCCGACAACUACCUGGCCGACACCACGGUCUUCGUCAGCUACCUGGUGUACUCGGACGGCAGCAGGAACUCCACGGGCAAGCACCGCUGGCACGUGCACGACCACGUCCCGGGGAGGGACUUCUACAACUGGACGAUGCGAUGCGUGUCGGCCGGAGGCCAUUACAACCCCUACAAGAUCUCCCUGGCCGACAAAGUCUACCGCUACUGCAACGCCGACACCACCGAACGCUGCGAAGUCGGCGACCUGGAGAAGCGCCACGGGUCCCUGUACGUCGCCGGGUCGGUCCGGGAAGUCGGCGCCACCCAGAGGCUCUUCACCGACACCAACCUGCCGCUGUCGGGCCCGAAGUCCAUCCUCGGCCACUCGGUCGUCCUUCACGACGACUUCGCACCGAAGCACCGAGGGGAUAGGAUGGCUUGUGCUGGAAUCUUCCGUAAGUUCCGCCACAAGGGCGUGGUGAGCAAGUGGUACUCCCAGCGCGGCGCCGGCAACGUCGAGGGCAAGGUCGAGUUCAUUCAGGAGUCUGAGUUCGACAUCACCAACACCGAGGUCGACCUUCGAGGCUUGCAGGGGAUCGCCAAGGGUUACCACGUCCAUAUGGUCCCCGUGGAGAAGGAGCUUCAGUUCCCGUGCGCGGCCUCGACCACCCUCGGCCACUACAACCCUCUGAACGUGACGCCCUCCGACUCCCCGCCGCCGGACCAAGGCACCGACGAUCUCUACGAAGCCGGGGACCUGGCGGGGAAGUACGGCACCCUCGAGGGACUCACCUGGAGGAAGGACUUCUACAACGACUCCAAUCUUCAUCUCUUCGGCUCGACGUCGAUCAUGGGAAGGUCCAUCGUGAUUCAUAAGAGGGAGAAGAACGCGAGGUGGUUCUGCGGGAGCAUCGGCUGGGGCUACUCCCCGGCAGAAGCUCGCCAGGUCUCCGCCAUCGCCUCCUUCCACAACCCUCAGGGCUACGCUUGGGGCUACAUCAGGCUGCGCAACCUAACACACCCUGAAAUAUUCUUAAUCACGGGGGACAAGUACCUUAACGUUCAGUAA